AUGACAGCUAUGAAAAGCACGUCCGCACUUUUACAUAUGUUCGCCGAAGGUUCUUUUAGAUCUUCGGACGAAAUCAAAAUGGCGGAUUAUGCGAUAAAUUGUAAAAUAGUUUUCGAAAAUGAGCAUAUAACAAACGAAGAUCUACAAUUGUAUAAAUUAUUACAACGAGUCAUCGAUGCCGUUAGAAUAGAAUACGAAAACGACGAAUUUAGUACUAUGGUGAAUAGAGAAGAAAUAUUUAGACAUUUUUCUACUUUACUAGUAGAAUACGAACAUUUUAUGAAAUUCGGUGAGAACGAGAGGGAAGUAGAUCAAUUAAAUAUAGUAGAAAGAAGAAUAAUAUUCGCAUUCAAGCGCCGUAAAGAUUAUGUACCGUUUAUAACUUGGUUACAAGUUAGCUUACAUGACGUGAUUAACUACGUUAUACACAGUUUUGAUGAAACAGAUAGAAUAGGGAUAGUCAUAAAGCACGAAUAUCAGAGAGAUACCAUAGCUACGUUUCCCAUUCGUUUUAAAUCGGACGUUAUCAACGCUACUAGUCCAGAAAAUUUCUCGCUACAAGCAUUUCAAAUAAACGGUUCGUUUCCCGAAGAAGAAAAAAUGACACUACAAAUAGUUAGAUUAAAAUUACCUAAUCCACAUAAGUUAUUAAAACGACAGUAUAUUCCAAAUUGGAAUUAUAAUGAUUUGGUAUAUUUAUAA